AUGAAGUUAUCAGGCGUCUUGACGUUUCUACCUGUCUUGGCUGGGCUCUCUAGAGCUGUGCCAAAUAGUGGGACUAGCAACCUCACAGUUCAGGCUGAUUACGAUGUAAUCAUCGUCGGAGGAGGGCCUGCAGGUCUCAGCGCAGCCAGUGGUCUGGCCCGUGUCCGCCGAAACGUUUUGUUAGUCGACUCGGGAGAAUAUCGCAAUGCUCAGACUCGGCAUCUGCACGAUGUUAUUGGAUUUGACGGAGUCACACCAGCAUAUUUCCGAUGGCUGGCUCGCAAACAAAUCCUAGAUUACGGCACUGUCAACUUAGUAAACGGCACCGUUACCAAGAUCCAGCCGGAAGCCAACAAUUCAUAUUUUACAGUAUCUGCUGAAUAUCCUGGCGAUAACAAGGUCGUUUUCACUACGCGAAAAGUGAUUCUCGCAACUGGUGUACGGGACUUGCUUCCAUCAACGCCCGGAUUUGCGGAGAACUGGGGCAAGGGCAUUUUCUGGUGCCCAUGGUGUGAUGGACAUGAACAUGCAGAUCAACAACUUGGAAUACUCGGGCCUUUCUCCAGCGCCGUUGAUGCAGUUCGCGAAAUUAUCACUCUUAAUCGGGACAUUAUCUUGUUCGCCAACGGGACAGAUACUCCCGAGGAGCGAGCUAUCGCAGAAAAAGGGUUUCCAACAUGGGAGAGUUAUCUGAAACUGCGCAAUAUAAACAUCGAUAACCGUAUUAUUACGUCUCUCAAGAGGCUUUCCAAUGGAACAGAUGGAGACGAGGAUCCCAGCCUACCAUCUCAUCCUGAGCAUGACCUCUUUCAACUCAACUUCGAGACUGGCGAGCCGGUUCUUCGUGCGGCUAUUUUGACUAAUUUUGAUACUGCGCAAAAGUCAACCUUGGGCGAAGAGACUGGUGUGGCAUUAUAUGGCGGUAGACUCGCUGCAGAUAAAGAAAACGGUCUGGUAACGAACAUUCAUGGCAUAUUCGCCAUUGGAGAUGCCAAUUCGGAUAACGUCACCAACAUUCCGCACGCCAUGUAUAGUGGGAAGAAGACAGCUGUCCACAUUCAAGUUGAGCUUGAGAUUGAAAACGCAGAGGUAGAGGUCGAGAUUGAUAACGCAGAGGCGAAGCUUGUAACUGUGUCAACCAAACGGAGCUUGCAAGAUCAUAUACAAAUUCUAUGGUCGCGCAUGAAUGAGCCAGGAGAUGCACUCUACGCUGGAGACUUUGUUCAGUAA